UUCAGAUGUGUUAAUGAAUGUGGAACAAACGCAGUUGUGUUUUAAAACAAACAAACAACAACGAACUAUGGAUCCACCUCCUAAAAAGCAAACCAAAACAUGGAAUUCUUUACUGCAGUAGCAGGCAUGAUUACAAAGGGAUUGCUCUAAAUUUUUAGCGGUGUGAGUAACAGUGGUAAGUUUAACCUCCAGAAAACCUAUUGCUGAACUGCUUUGAAGCUGCCUUCAGCCUGUGGAUUACUGGGUUUAGCUGUUGUAUCCCUGCAGUCAAAUUAAGCACGUGGUGUUCUGGGGAACUUUUGUUUGCUUAAUAAUCUGAAACUGGGCCCAGCUGAAAAUGCUAUAUUAGCAUCCUAUGCAUGGAGUAUAAAUGUGAUUGUAUCAUGAGAAAGGCUGAAUGUGUUUUUUUUUUCUUAAUUCCCCUCUGUCAUAUUUACUUACGUAAUGGAUUUGACUUUUUGAAUUGUUUAAUAAAUUCAAAAUUCUCAGCAUUUCCAAUCAUCGAGUCAUAAAAAUGUAGUGACUGCAGAAUGCAUCCAUGUUCUUUAUAGUACUUGAAGAAAUGGAUAAGAUUGCUAUAUGAACUCAUUGCACGUCUCUUUUCACUCAGCAACCCUCCUUGCUUCAGUAAUUCACCAGUAGGUUUUCAAUGAUUAAACAUUUGAACAAGUUUUUAUUUUUUUAUGAAUAAAUAGAUGAAUACUGAGAGAGAUUAAGGUGUUUGUUUCAUCAUGCCUGUAUCUUAACAGCAAGAGAGCUGUAGCAGCAACCUCUCUUCUGAAUCUCAGUGACAAUGACGUUAUGACUUGAAGGAAAGCAUAUUUCCCAACCCCCCUUCCUUCCCCCCAAAUACCAGCUGGUGACUUUGAUUUGGAGACUUCAGGUCUUGCUGCCAGGUGGGGUUCUUUAAACUUGCAAUUGGAUGUCAGAGCGUGCACAGGUUGAUGCCUCUGCUGAUGCUGGAACUGCAGCCUGCCAUGAUGAAGAUGCAAUUAAGAUGUUCCCAUCCCAACAAACAGCAUGUGACACGACCCGCCAGCGAAUCAAGUUCAGUGAUGACAGAGUGUGCAAGAGUCACCUCCUCAACUGCUGCCCUCAUGAUGUCCUCUCCGGAACUAGAAUGGACCUUGGAGAAUGUCUGAAGGUGCAUGACCUGGCAUUAAGGGCAGACUAUGAAAUAGCAUCCAAAGAUCAAGAUUUCUUCUUUGAACUUGAUGCGAUGGACCACCUGCAGUCAUUUAUUGCAGACUGUGACAGGAGAACAGAAGUUGCUAAGAAGAGAUUAGCAGAAACCCAAGAAGAGAUCAGUGCUGAAGUUGCAGCUAAAGCUGAACGAGUUCAUGAAUUGAAUGAAGAAAUUGGGAAGCUACUGGCCAAAGUAGAACAGCUAGGAGCUGAUGGAAAUGUGGAAGAAUCUCAAAAAGUAAUGGACGAAGUGGAGAAGGCCCGGGUAAAGAAGAGAGAAGCUGAAGAAGUGUACAGGAAUUCUAUGCCUGCCUCUAGCUUUCAACAGCAGAAGCUACGGGUUUGUGAAGUGUGUUCAGCUUAUCUUGGUCUUCAUGACAAUGACCGACGUCUUGCUGACCACUUUGGAGGAAAACUACACUUAGGAUUUAUUGAAAUAAGAGAGAAGCUUGAGGAACUCAGGAGGAUUGUGGCUGAUAAACAAGAGAAACGAAAUCAGGAGCGCCUGAAACGCAGAGAGGAGAGGGAAAGGGAAGAAAGGGAGAAACUAAGGAGGUCCAGAUCCCACAGCAAGCAUACCAAAAGGUCUAGGUCCCGAGAUCGUCGCAGACAUCGCUCUCGCUCAGCCUCCAGGGAACGGAAAAGAAGAACUCGCUCUAAAUCCCGCGAGAAGCGCCAUCGCCACAGGUCUCGCUCCAACAGCCGCAGCCGGAGUCGCAGCCAUCAUAGAAGCAGGCACAGCUCCAGGGAGAGGAGCCGAGAGCGCAGCUCCAAAAAGAGGUCCUCCAAAGAGAGAUCUUCCCGGGACAAAGAGCGUUCCAGAGAUCGUGAUAGAACAUCGCGUGAUAAAGAUAGAAGCCCGAGAGAGAGAUCGCCGCGGGAUUUCAAAGACAGGAAACGUUCUUAUGAAAGUGCUAAUGGCCGAUCAGAAGACCCAAGGAGCUCAGAGGAGCGUGAAGCAGGGGAGAUAUAACUGGCUGUAUAUUCACCCGAUUUCUAGCUUCCUAUGGAGUUGCAUACUAUGGUUUAGUUUACAGUUGUUCAAAGGGACGCCAGUGAGCAGUUUGAGAUGCUGAUCCAAUAGGGUAGAUGUACAGUAUAUAAAAGUGGUUAAAACUAAGUCAGAAUUAAACCCCAUUGAUUUAACUAUGCCUAAAGCUGGGUCCUGGACUUCCACCAAGUUGUAAAACUUUUCUGAAAGAUUCCUCCUUAUUCAGGACGACAGUUUUAUGUACAAAGAUGCAGAUCUCAGUGUUUUUAAUCUCCUUUCCAAUACAAGUUAAUGAACAAAUUACGUUGUACUACUUGCCUUGGGUGCUUCUGAACCUUUAUAAAUUCUCCAAUUCUGCUCCAGUCAAAACAGCAGCAUUGAAAGGUUGUACUUGGGAUUUUUUUUUGUUUGCUUUUUUUUGUAAGAGGGUGGGUGGAUGGAUAUUAACUUUUAUUCUGAAGUUAUGUUCCCAGUGAUAUUUUUGUUGUUGUUGUUGUUUGGGAACCUAGGAAUUGAUUACAGUGGGAGCGUUUAGACAGGAAUGUGUGCUGGAGAAAGCUGAAAUGUCUUUUUACAGUGCCUAUUUAGACUUGGAAAUUGAACAGCUGUUGCAUUACAUCUUUUUUUAUUUCUACUUAAAUUUUGAAAUCAAAGCCAGUCCCGUAUCUGUACCAUUUGAUUGGUAUGUGUUCAAUAUAUUUGUUUUUUUCCA